GGAUUCUGCCUCACAACGCUGCUCGUCCGCUUUACAGAGAAGAACCAGACUGGGAAGGACCCCCCAGGCGGGGCUUUUAGCACAGUCAAACUUUGACUUGAGCUCCCUUCGUCGGUACCUUGGACAGCGCCAAGCUCCGGAAAAAGCUCCAUCAGCCGGGACUUCCAUCUUGUCAACUCCCGCUCUGGAUAUGCGGUUGUCCCUUCCACUCCACGCCAACCGCUGCAGCGUACAUGAGCAAUGACAGCGGACACAGACUCCCACUGAGCAAUGAAGGCAGCACCCAGGACCAAGCGAGGAGGAGAAGACUCAAUGGAGAAACUUCUUCAAGACUGAACCCUCUAAAGAAGCUUCAUCAGAGUCGACAACAGCGCUAACCCGUGACUCGUAGCGUCCACCAUGGGGAUAAGACAUCUUCUGUUACUGCUCGUCUAUCUGGACCCACUGAGCGUAUCGAGCGCGGCUACGGGUGGUAAAAAAGCCAAACAGACGCACAGAAAGGCUCCUAAAGUCACAGCGGCGCCCACUGUGGCACUGCAGCCAAAGACCCCUGCGCCUGUGCCCGUCAGUAACCACGACACCUGCCUUGGUUACUACGACGUAAGCGGCCAGUAUGACAAAAUGUUCGAAUGCAACAACACGGAUCACCGCUACUGCUGCGGGACUUGUUACCUGCGCUUCUGCUGCGAGUACAAAAAGGACAGACUGGAUCAAAAAGCGUGUAAGAACUACCAAACGCCCGUGUGGGUGCAGACAGCCGCCCCGUCCCCGAUCCCCACCGAGGAGACGUACGUGGACCAGACCAACACAGCCGUCUACAUCACUUGUGGGAUCAUCGCCUUCAUCAUCGUUAUGGGAGUGUUGGCCAAAGUUGCCUACGACAAAGCAACAGAACCUCCACAAGAAAUGAACAUACACAGAGCACUUGCAGACAUCUUGAGGCAACAAGGGCCGAUACCCAUUUCCCAAUAUGACUGUGAGAACUUUGCAGCGAUGAACGGCUCGCCCAAAGACAACACACCGGUCAGAACCUCAUCCAAGAACCACUACACUCCUAUUCACACUUCCAAAUCCAAUCACGGUCACUAUGGCAAAGAGAGCGUGCGUAGCAGUGGCGGAGCAGACCUUCAUAACUUCAUCUCUUCUGGGUUUGUGACGUUGGGGCGCGGCCAUCAGAAAGGUACCCAUCAGCACAACUAUAACCAUGUGGCUCUAGGUAGCCCCAUACGCACACCAAAGAACGCCCACCGAUCGUUGAGGCGUGAAAACAAUCGGAUAAGUGGCAUCCUGACCUCGCAGACGGAGCCCUACGACCUGUCUUUUUCACGCUCCUUCCAGAGCCUGUCCCAACUGCCACCCUCCUACGAGGCGGCCAUCAAAGCCGACCUCAACCGCUUCUCGUCCCUGAAGAAACUGACAGAUAAAGAAGUGGAAGACUACUAUACUCGUAAGCGCCAUCUGCCUGACCUGGCAGCAAGAGGGACUCUUCCCCUGCAUGUUCUCAAAAUGAGUCAGGACCAGCAUCGGGAACAACAGCCACAGCUUCAGAGCCAGGCCCCACAGUCCUCCAUCUCACAGGUGCCUUCCCAGGCACAGUCCACCCAGCAGCAGUCCCAGCAAAGACAAAGACCCCGGCGUGUCCAGAGAGCCAUGUCGCAGGAUCGGGUUCUGUCUCCACAGAGAGCCCCGCAACAGGAUUACAACACAUCCUCGAACGGUAUGUCCCCCUACGGAGGUCGGAUCCUCUCAGAUGAGCAGCUGCUGUCAGCCGAACGUCUUCGAUCCCAAGAGCGACUCCUUCCGCAGGACCGCCACACUUCCCAAGAACGCCUGUACACCAAGGAUCGUAUGUACUCCAAGGACCGACUACUGUCGCAGGAUCACCUCUACUCAAAAGACCGCCACUACUCUCAAGACCGACUCUACUCACAAGAUCGCCUGUACUCACAAGACCGCCUUCUGUCCCAAGAUCCUCUUCUCUCGCCAGACAAGCUGAUGAUGUCACUGAAGCGCGGCAUGGUCAGCAGCGUCUCGGGUGGGUUCUAUGGCCUGGACAAGAGCAUGUCACGUGCCAUCUCGCACACAGACGUCUUCAUACCCACCACUCCUCUUAUGGAUCGCUAUACGAUGACCAAAAUGCACUCCCAUCCCAGUUCCUCCAACAACGGCGGAAGUGGAAGCGGUGCUGGGGUUCCAGGAGCUGCGUCAACCCCGCAUUCAAACACUUUAGCAAUGAAUCAGACUGUGAACAAGCGGCAGGCGUUCGCCACCAGACGGACUCACACUGUGGAACAACUCCACUACAUCCCGCAGCAUCAUCAGCAGCAACAGCAACCGCAACACUACCGCACGGGAAGCAAGACUGAAGUGACGGUCUAAUGACAAGCGCCGCUAUGCCAUUGGCCGAGGUGGUCAGGUGUGCUUGUGCUCCAUUAAGACUAGAACUGUGAUAAUUAUGUUUUCUUUAACUCAUUAUCCAAAACAAAGAACAUCCACAAGCUUACUAAAAAGAGACCGGUAAAACGAACUACACUGUACACUACAUUCAGAGUAUUUUGAUUCCGGAGUACUCUCUUUGGCCUGCAAAUUACUACACCGAUAUUCUCAUGAUCAUAUUCAUAACCGGGCCGUAGUCUCAUUCUGUGUGUUUUGCAGAAGAAACACUCAUCUUUUCAAGUCGUCACUGACCCCCUUUGUCCAGCAAAUUUACUGUAUGACCUUUUCUGGUAAAUCUUAAAGGGCUUUGCACAGUAAAAACCCAAGGGCCAAAUUCCUCUUUGACUUGUGAUGUGCAAUACUACAGCACCGCUGAUGAUGAGCCUGUAAUAACCUUAUAAAUAUAUAAAUAAAUGGACAUAAAAAAAUAUUUGUACAACCUGACACUCAACGAGAGACGCUAUAAUGGAUGUUAAUGGUGCCGCUAACAGAUGUUCAAUUUCUGAAAAAAAUGAUUUGGGUUAUGAAGCACAAUCAUUAGGAAAAAGAUCAUCAUAACAUCAUCAUAUUGUUUCAGAACUUUUAGUGAUGCCUAGCAUUUUUUUGUAAGCAACGAUGACAGUGACAGUACUAUAUACUGUAUGUGUGUAUGCGUACAUACAUACAUACUAUUUAUUAUUAUUAUUAUAUAUACUUUUAUUUUGCUUCUAGUAGAUGACUGUAAAUAAGCUUUAUUAGAAACAGUACUUUGGGCUAGUCUGGACUGAAUGGACUUUGAAUUAGACUGUCUUUUGGAAAAUAGAUUAUUUUAAAAAAGCAACUAAUUAUCACUGUUUUGUGAGGUCAGAUUAGAAAACCCACUUAACCAAGUAUUUGACAGGAUAAAUGACUACUAUACUGUGUGUGUCUUUGCAAAACUCUGUGCGGGGUAAAGGAAGCAAUCUGUUGUUGAUAACAGAUCUACUGUUCAGACUUGGAUGUGUAAUGUGUUCCAUUGACAUCACACGGGUUUAACAUUAUGGACAUGGAUUAUAACGAUCUGAGGGACAAAUAAAGCAUCCAUAUUUUU